UUAAAAAAAUAAUAGAAAUAAUAGAAAAAGAAGACGUUAUAUGCAAUAAUUCUACAAAAUCCAGUAUUCUGUCAAUUUGUGAAAAUAACACUAAAAAAAGCAGUCAUUGUAUGUAUAAAGAUGAAACAUGUACGUGCUUAGUAAAAGAGGAAACAUUAAGCAAAGUUUUUUCGAUUUGUUAUCCACAUUGGACAGAAAUUUAUAACUUGACAGACACUUCUGACACGAAAUUAGUAGAAUCAUUUGAAAGAUUAUGUGAUUACGUAGAAAACAGCGAAAAUACAAAUAUUUAUUUCGAUUUAUUGGAUCUUUAUCCUCGAGAAGAACAACAAAUAAAAGGCAAAAAUCCGCCAUCUGGAUAUAAUAUGACUUUAAUUCUUCCACAAUGUGUUUGCUGCAAAAAUUUUAAAGAUAAUAACAAAAUUGAAUGCAAAAAAAAAAGUAAAGAAAACUCUGAUGAAAAAUUACAAAGUAUAACCAAUUUAUUAUGCAUAUCCAGUAUUAUGGAUCUUUCAUGGGACAUAAUGCAAUCUGGAAUAAUUGAAAAAAUACCUGAGAAAUAUACAACAAGUAUUUUUGAGUAAGAUAGCAAAGUAUUUUGAAUAAAAUCAUAGA